AUGCAGGGACGCUGCUUCGGAUGCGGUUCAAGCGACCACAUCAAGCGGAAUGGAGGGCACGACCGCGAGCAGUGCUCCCACUGCCAGCGUCGGGGCCAUCGCCAGGACGUGUGCGAAGACAAGUUCCUGGGUCGUCCUCCUCGUCAACGGAUUGCAACUGCCAGGGUGGAAGGCCCCUUCUCCCUCUUUGACGAUGACGCAUUCAGCUCCACCUCUGCUUCAGUGCCUGCUCCGUCCUCCGCUCCACCUUCGGCGUCCUCCGAAGUUUCGGGAAGUACGGGAAUUGCAUCAGCUUCCAUCGAGGAGCUUCAGGCGCUCCUCCAGGACCAGCGGGACCUGAUCCGGCGCUAUGAGGCUGCUGGGCAGGGGUCUGGGUCCAUCACGCAUUUUGUUCGACUUAAACUCACAGUGGACGCGAAUGAAGUGUGGACGGACUUCCUGGUCACCAAUCUAGGUGGUGAAGAGGUUAUCCUGGGUCUCCCCUGGCUUUGUGAGACGAACCCACGCAUUGAUUGGGCUCGGGGGCUCCUUUCGAUGUGUUGGGCUCCUCCUCCAGGCUCCGAAGUUGCUCCGCUCUCCUCCGAUCCGGACUCCGAAACUUCGGAGUCUCCGUACAAGCGCGUACAAGCUAACCGUAAACUACGACGUGCUUGGGUACGGGCCGGAAUUCUGGAGGAUCAGCGGGAUGAGCUGUGGUGUGCCGCGGGGUUCACAUACUCGCAACAGCUCGCGGAAGCCGCAGCUAAGGGCAAAACCCAGAAGACCCUCGAGGAGAUGGUCCCUCCG